AUGGUGGAGGAAGGUGGAUCAAAUGAGUUAUUGAUUUUAACAACAGAUUCAUUCACAUCAACAACAUCAACAAGAACACAAAACGAAACAUAUGAUGAUGAUGAAGACGAAGAUUAUGAUGACGAUGAUGAUAAUGAUAGUUUUAGUUUAGAAAAAGAGAAAAAAAAGAAACUUGCAAAUGAAGAAGAAGAAGAAGAGGAUGGAAAAAGUAAAAGAUACACAGAGAAUGAAUUGAAAAAGACACAAAACAAAAGAUUAGAAUUCAAACUUAAAAUGGUUGACAAUAACCCAUUGUAUGAUUACAACAAAGGAGUACUUGAGUAUUCAUUGCCGUGGCCAAUCAUUGGUAGAAUACUGGAUCUAGUUUGGACUGCAACAUCUAUUUGUACAUGUUACUAUCAUAGCCAAUUUGUGCAAAAAAUGAAAGACGGUAUGACUCUUAAUCACUUUCGGUACCACGAUUGUGGAGCUAGCCAAAGAGACAUCUCAAUGUGGGAGGUGUACAAAGAAUCAAGAAUGCAAUGUCCCAUGCACUCGUAUCACUUUUGGCUCGAAAUGAAUCCACCACCACCACCACCACCACCAAUCAAACCUGUCAAACUUUUGGAUAAAGCCGACAAUUUUAAGGUUAAAGAAAAAGAUGAAGAAGAAGAAGAAGAGGAAGAGGAAGAGGAUUAUGAUUCGGAUGAAAACUAUGAUAAUUCGGAAAAUGAUAUGGAUAAUGCAGAUUAUGAAACCAAAAUGGACCACAUAUUUUCCACAUCGACCGACAUUGCCCUAGUCACUAUGCGUGACAAGAACAGAUGGAGGUAUCAACUUUUAGGCCUAUCCAAAAGAGUGUUCCAAUUUUUGUCGUCAAAACAUUGUACCAGUCUUCGAUUCAAAUACAGACCAGCCACCUCUUGGCCACACGUCACCAGUCAAUAUUUUCCAAUUAAAACACCAAAGGUCGUCACAUUACUUCAAACAAUCCACGCACUCCCAACAGACACACCCGUCUUUAGUAUGAUCGAGAAGCUCAAACUAGACAUUUUUUAUCUCAAACCACCUCACAACAAAGCUCUGCCUAUUAUAUUCAAGAAUAUCAAAUCACUGACAGCUUUUUGUAAUUCAAGUACGACAAGAGGCGGUGAUAAACUCCCUUUUUUAAAGUUGUAUACACCUCAAUUCAUAUUAUGUUUCAAAAACUUGACAGCACUCAAUUUAGAACAAUAUGAAGAUCGAUUCGACCUCAUUGUAUUCUUGGAUGCUGGCAAAGACAACUAA